CUGUUUGACCGGGAGCUGUGCGUCCGUCAGCUGAGGUACUCAGGGAUGAUGGAGACUAUCCGGAUCCGCCGGGCUGGCUAUCCCAUCCGCUAUACAUUUGUGGAGUUUGUGGACCGGUACCGGGUGCUCAUGCCCGGGGUGAAGCCAGCAUACAAGCAGGGUGACCUUCGUGGGACGUGCCAGCGCAUUGCCGAAGCAGUGCUCGGGAAGGAUGAUGACUGGCAGAUUGGCAAGACAAAGAUAUUCCUGAAGGACCACCACGACAUGCUGUUGGAGAUUGAGAGAGACAAGGCCAUCACGGACAAAGUCAUCCUCAUCCAGAAGGUGGUCCGUGGGUUUAAAGACAGGUCCAAUUUCCUGAAAGUGAGAAAUUCAGUCCUGAUGAUUCAGAGAUACUGGCGUGGACAUAACUGCAGGAAGAACUACGGUGCUAUGCGGAUCGGCUUCCUGAGACUGCAAGCCCUCUACCGAUCCCGCAAGCUCCACAAGCAGUACCACAUGGCUCGCCGGCGGAUCAUCGAGUUCCAGGCACGAUGCCGGGGCUACCUGGUCCGUAGGGCUUUCCGUCACCGCCUCUGGGCUGUCCUCACCGUCCAGGCAUACGCCCGGGGCAUGAUCGCCCGAAGGCUGUACAAGCGCCUCCGGGGCGAAUAUCAUCGACGCCUGGAAGCAGAGAAACUUCGUCUGGCAGAAGAGGAACGACUCCGAAAGGAGAUGAGUGCCAAGAAAGCCAAAGAGGAAGCAGAAAAGAAACACCAAGUACGCCUGGCCCAGCUGGCGCGGGAAGACGCAGAGAGAGAAGUAAAGGAGAAGGAGGAAGCACGUCGGAAGAAAGAGCUCUUAGAAAAAAUGGAGAAAGCUCGCAACGAGCCAGUGAAUGACUCGGAAAUGGUGGACAAAAUGUUUGGAUUCCUGGGGACGACCUCCUCUCUGCCUGGUCAGGAAGGACAGGCACCCAAUGGCUUCGAGGAUCUUGAACGAGCUCAGAAGGAGCUGGAGGAAGAAGACCUUGAUGCAGCAUUGCCUCUCCCUGAAGAAGAGGAGGAAGACCUCUCCGAGUACAAAUUUGCCAAGUUUGCCGCCACAUAUUUCCAGGGCACGACAACACACACCUACAUCCGCCGGCCUCUCAAGCAGCCUCUCUUGUACCAUGAAGAUGAAGGAGACCAGUUGGCAGCACUUGCUGUAUGGAUCACUAUCCUCCGUUUCAUGGGAGACCUCCCUGAGCCGAAAUAUCAUACAGCCAUGAGUGACGGUGGCGAGAAGAUACCCGUGAUGACAAAAAUCUAUGAGACUCUUGGGAAGAAGACCUAUAAGAAAGAACUGCAGGCUCUGCAGGGAGAAGGAGAGAGUACUCACAUUGAUGGGCACAAGAAGAACAGUGUGCGGCACAAAUUGGUCUCCUUAACGCUCAAGAAGAAAUCCAAACUGACUGAGGAGGUGACCAAGAGACUUCAUGAUGGUGAGUCUACGCUCCAGGGUAAUAGCAUGCUUGAAGACCGACCCACCUCCAACCUGGAGAAGCUCCAUUUCAUUAUUGGUAAUGGCAUCCUCAGGCCAGCCUUAAGGGAUGAAAUCUAUUGUCAAAUCUGCAAGCAGCUGACACAGAACCCAUCCAAAAGCAGCCAUGCCAGGGGUUGGAUUCUGAUGUCCCUCUGUGUGGGAUGUUUUGCUCCUUCUGAGAAGUUUGUGAAGUAUUUAAGGAACUUUAUCAAUGGAGGUCCCCCAGGCUACGCUCCCUAUUGCGAAGAGAGGCUGAGGAGGACGUUUGCCAAUGGGACAAGGACACAGCCACCCAGCUGGCUGGAGCUGCAGGCAACCAAAUCCAAGAAACCAAUCAUGCUGCCUGUCACAUUUAUGGAUGGGACAACAAAAACACUGUUGACCGACUCCGCAACAACCGCUAAAGAGCUCUGUAAUUCCUUGGCCGACAAAAUCAGCCUGAAGGAUCGAUUUGGCUUCUCGCUUUAUAUCGCACUUUUUGACAAGGUCUCCUCGCUGGGCAGCGGCAAUGACCAUGUGAUGGACGCGGUGUCUCAGUGCGAGCAGUACGCCAAGGAGCAGGGAGCACAGGAGCGCAACGCGCCGUGGCGGCUCUUCUUCAGGAAGGAGAUCUUCACUCCUUGGCACAACCCGAGUGAGGACAAUGUGGCCACCAAUCUCAUUUACCAACAGAUCGUGCGAGGAGUGAAGUUUGGGGAGUACCGGUGUGACAAGGAAGAAGAUCUGGCAGAACUGGCUUCCCAGCAGUACUAUGUGGACUAUGGGUCAGAGAUGGUACUGGAAAGGCUGCUGAAUCUAAUUCCAUCCUACAUCCCAGACAGAGAGAUCACGGCUUCAAAAACAGUGGAAAAAUGGGCUCAGCUCAUUAUAGCUGCACAUAAAAAGGGAAUUUAUACUCAGAAGAGGACAGACCCCAAAAAAGUCAAGGAAGAAGUAGUGGAUUUUGCACGUUUCAAGUGGCCUUUGCUGUUUUCUCGGUUUUACGAAGCCUUCAAAUUCUCAGGGCCAAGCCUGCCUAAAAAUGAUGUGAUUGUAGCUGUCAACUGGACAGGGGUGUACUUUGUGGAUGAACAGGAGCAGGUUCUCUUAGAGCUCUCUUUCCCAGAGAUCACGGCUGUGUCGAGCAGCAGAGGGGGAAAGCUGCAAGGACAGAGUUUCACCUUGGCCACCAUUAAAGGCGAUGAAUACACUUUCACCUCCAACAAUGCAGAGGAUAUCCGGGACCUGGUGGUGACCUUCCUUGAAGGACUGAGGAAAAGGUCUAAGUAUGUGGUCACUCUCCAAGAUAACCCAAACCCUGUGGGAGAAGAAUCUGGGUUCCUCAGCUUCCUUAAAGGUGACCUCAUAGUUCUGGACCAGGACACGGGAGAACAUGUGAUGAACUCAGGGUGGGCUAAUGGGUUCAAUGAACGAACCAAGCAGAGAGGGGAUUUCCCCACAGACUCCGUCUACGUCUUGCCUACAGUCACCAUGCCUCCACUGGAGAUCGUGGCACUGGUCACGAUGACCCCUGACCAACGACAAGAUGUUAUCAGAACCUCUCAGCUGGCAAUUUCAGACAGUGAAGAGAGAGUGAAGCCAUACACCUUGGAGGAAUUUUCCUAUGAUUAUUUUAGGCCACCUCCCAAGCACACCCUGAGCCGGGUCAUGAUCACCAAAAGCCGUGGGAAGGACAAGCUGUGGUGUUACACCCGUGAGCCCAUCAAACAACCAUUGCUGAAGAAGAUCCUGGGCAGUGAGGAACUGUCCCAAGAAGCCUGCAUGGCCUUCAUUGCAGUGCUGAAGUACAUGGGUGACUACCCAUCCAAAAGGACCCGCUCAGUUAAUGAGCUGACAGACCAAAUAUUUGAAGGUGCCUUGAAAGCUGAACCCCUGAAGGAUGAAAUCUACUGCCAGACCCUCAAGCAGCUCACAGACAACCACAUCAAGUAUAGUGAAGAGAAAGGCUGGGAGCUGUUGUGGUUGUGUACAGGCCUUUUCCCUCCAAGUAACAUCCUCCUGCCCCACGUCCAGAGGUUCCUGCAGUCCCGGAAACAUCACCCCUUGGCAGCAGACUGCAUCCAGAGACUCCAGAAAGCCCUGAGGUAUGGCACCAAAAGACCUAGUCCUGACUGGUCUGAUUAG